CGUUCUCUGGCCAGCUCCUCCAAUGGAAACAGCUCUCCAGUACCCCUUCUCCCCGCCAUCUCUCCCGUUUCCCCACCUCCCCCACCUCUCCCCAACCGCGCACCCUUCUCUCCCACAGCUUCCUCCACCGCCCAGUCCCCCGGGCCUCCACCGCCCCAACCUCCCCUCCCCCCUAACCUUCCCUCCCCCCCACCCCCACUUUCCUCCCACCCCCCUCCCCCCCUUUCCUCGUCUGAAGAGUGGCUCCUUUCACCACCACACCACCUCAGCUUGAGACCUCAGCCAAUGGCCAUGCAGCGGAGGAUACCUAUCACUGCCAACUAA